UCUGUUGUCAUCUCAGUCCUGCUGUGUUAAUCAGAGCACCAUGGUCGAUCAGGUAAUGUUUGCUCGCGAGAAUCUCCAGCGGAUCCAUGCAGUGGAGCAUUCAUUUGGACCCUCAGGAAAGUCCUUGUCCAAGCCGGGACGCGUUCUGAUAGGAGAAGGCCUGUUGAUGAAGCAAAGCCGCCGUGAGCCGCAACAGAAAGUGUUCUUCCUCUUCAACGAUGUGCUGGUGUACGGCACCAUCAUUCUGAAUGGCCGCUGGCACACCAAUCAGCAGGUCAUCCCUCUAGAGGACAUCCAGCUGGAGGACUUGGAGGACAGUGUGACCAUGAGGAACCAGUGGUUAAUCCGUACACCACGGAAGUCCUUCUUUGUGGCAGCUGCCUCCUAUGAGGAGAAGCGGGCAUGGAUGGACCACAUUAUGGACUGCAGAUCCAGACUGCUGCAGAAUGGUGGGUACAAACCCGGCUCCACCUUUGCUGUGACCUGGAUCCCAGACAAGGACUCUGCCACCUGCAUGCGCUGCUCAGACAGGUUCACCACGACCCAGCGUCGGCAUCACUGUCGAUAUUGCGGCUUUGUGGUGUGUGGUUCCUGCUCGAAGAAACGAGCCGUGAUCAAACACAUUCAUCCAAAAAAGCGGCUGAGGGUCUGCAGGAUGUGUCACUCAAGCCUUGUGAGGAAGGAGGUAGAAGCUAAGGAAAGGUCUCUCCUGAGAGGGGACAGCACCAGGAAGAUGGGGUCAUAUGAAGACGACAUGGACAUGUCAGAAGAGGAGCCAGAGGUGGCCAUGGAGGACCACAAUUCAAGCAGGUUGACGGAAUCUAAGAAUGUGUCCUGGUCUCCGUAUGUUUACCUGAACUCAGACCAUGUGAUGCCACAGUAGAGCAUCAUCACACCCCUGUGCUACAGUCACUCCAGUGCUUGAUUUUUCACUUGGACUUAAAGAGUUUUAUUUGGCGUGGCUUUCCUGAAACAGCAGAUCUUGAUACUUUAAAAAUGUUAUCAUGUAUUUUGACCAAGACCAGAAAACAAAACAAAACCAUAAAACCCUUCAAUAUGUGAAUAAAAACAAUUUAGCGUUUUUUUAUUGUUGUAAAAUUAAUGAAGGGCAUCAGAUGGCUGAUGCACCCUGAUAUAAAGUAAAUAUACAUUUAAAAGUCUAAAUAUAUCAGCCCGUGUCACCAGGAAGGCCGAGCAGAGGAUAAACCUCCUGUGUCAACUGAGGAAAUCCAAUUGCUGGUACAGUUGGACAGCAAUGUCAUCCAGUCCCGUUUCUUCUCAAGCAACAUCAUCUGGUUUGAGUCAAACACCAAACGAGACAGGAACAGACUGCAAAGGACAGUGUGGACCAUAGAAGAACACCUGCCGCCAGCCUGCCCCCGGCUACACCUCCAGACUGAGAAAACCAGCGGGAAGCAUCACUGCAGACCCCAGACAGUCUGUUUCAGCGUCUGCCCUCAGGGUGGCGCUACAGAUCACUGAGUACGAAAACAACCACACACAAGAAUAGUUUCUGUUCACAGUCCAUCACCCUGAUGAAGGACUCGUGACUGUAAAUAACACAUGUAGACAACACUCAUUAGGUAUUAAUACCUCUGUAACAAUGAUUACUCACACAGGCAGAGCGGCACACACACACACACACACACAGCAUUGUUGUAUAUUAUUGUAUAUACUAUAUAUUGCCUUUUGCACAACGUCCUACUUUAUAUUUUACACACUUGAAGAGCUGUACUAAAUCAGUGAAGCCAACCGAACACCCCCCUCUAAAAAUAGGUCUGCCCUGCCUUCACUGUGCAUGCGUCUGAGACCGACUCUCUCAGUCUGAGUCUCUACACCCAAAGUGAUCAAAGGGAAUAACGUGAUUAUUAACCAUCAGAGGACAAACUAAAACUUCUUCUAAAGUCAGUUUUAACCAGAAACGAGGCCAUGAUUGGUGAAUUACUAGUGACGCUUUGAAGUGACGUAGGCACAGUGAAGGCAGGGCGGACCAAUUUUUUGGGCAGACCGUUUGGUCAGUGAUACUGGACUCAUAUUCAUAUUCAAUAAAGCUGAUUCUGA